AUGACUGGACAAAUUGAAAAAGUGAACGGCCUUCAAGAAUGGCUGAAAUUUAACCCUGGAUACGAUUUCCAGCGAUUUUCCUAUAAAUGCACAAAUGGCUCAGUGGGAUUUUCCACAAUUACCACUACCAAACUAACCACCCGGGUUCGACUCCACCUGCAAAUUUUCAGAAUUAUCGAUUUUUCCAUAUUUCUCCAACAUUCCAAUUUUCUCCAACGCGUUCUCGAAUUUUCCAGCCAAUUUUAUGUAGGAAAUCAAGGCAUCCAAAAAGGGGGCGUGGUCAGAAAUGGGCGGAGUCUUAAAGACAUUUUCUAUUUUCUCGGAUUCCUUGAUGAUUUGAUUGAUUUCCUCGCAAAUCGAUUGAAAUACAGAUUUGGCGAAAUCUGA